AUGUGCUACUACAGUGGAUACUAUGGAGGCCUGGGCUAUGGCUAUGGAGGCCUAGGCUAUGGCUAUGGCUAUGGCUGUGGCUAUGGCUGUGGCUAUGGUGGCUAUGGUUAUGGCUGCUGCCACCCACUCUGUUGUAGAAGGUACUGGUCCUGUGGCUUCUACUGA